AUUUAUUAUUAAAUAUAUGUUUAUGUUUUGUAUAUAUUUUUUUUAAUUAAAUGUUAAUAAUUUUUUGUUUUUUUUUUGUUAUUUUUUUCCAUAUUUUAUUUAUGAUUAUUAUGUAUUUAGAAAUAUUAUUAUUUAUAAUAUUGAAUGAAACCGUAAAAAAUUGUAGAAAAUGGCUGGUAAUCAAGGAAAAGGAAAGGGUUUUUUUAGGCAAUUGUUGAGAGGUAAUAGUUCUAGGCCUACCUUACUCAGAGGGGACCCGCAUGAGAGAGGGGUCACGGGUUCUGCUAGGAGGGCUAGGCAGGAAGAGGCGGCCAGACACAGUGAGGCCCAAAGGUCGAGUACGCUGAACCAAGUGCGUACUCAUUUUGAUGACCAGGCUGAUAGCCUCCAGAGUAGUUGGGGGGUUUAUAGUGAUGAUGAUAAUGAUGCUGAUGAUGUUCAGUUCCAAGGUCCUGAGCCUGCCCCAUUGGACUGGACUAUAGUUCGUGGCCCCGAAGGCAGAUUUGCCCGUGGCGGCCCUAGUUCUUCCGCCGCAUCUGAGCGUGCAGGAGGAAGUUUUGUCGAUAAUGAGCCGCCACGGGGCAGGCCCUCACAGUCCACUAACACAGACUGGUUAGUGACAUCACCCCAGCCCGGGGGGCCGACAGAUACGCGACUGAUCCCUAGCUAUGGCGGGCACAUAGCUAAACUUAUUUAUGACGGCUCCGAGCGUACGCCUCCGAUUUUGGAGUGCCGUAUUAGGAAGAGACCGGUGGAGUCCAUCAUCGGAUUGAGGGAUUUGUCCGUUGAGCUAGUCGAUUUUCUACCUUCCACUUCCCUCGGUCGACUACCGGUCAUUAUGCACCAGCACAUCGACUCUGCUUUGAUAUCGGCGUUCGUCGAGAGGUGGCAGCCGGAUACGAACACCUUUCACAUGCCCUGGGGAGAGAUGACGAUUAUGUUGCACGACGUGCAACGCAUAUUGGGCAUUUCUAUUGAUGGUUCUCUGCCGGCUGAGCCUUCGGAGGCGGAGUGGGAGGUUGGUAUCACCAAUCUGGUCGGCGAGCCUCUGUCUGAGCUUCGACGUAAAGGUUCAUUCACCAGCGGAUGCAUAAGCGUUGCUGAACUGAUGCGGCUGUGUCAUAGGUCGCAUGCCUUGGAUACCCAGACCACAGCGUACUACAUGGCUGUCAUUGGCUCUACCUUGUUGGCGGAUAAGACCAGGACUGGCAUGCGACCUCACCCGAUAGUUGUCGUCAACGACGAUGAACAGGACGUGGCUUGGGGUGCGGUGACUUUGGCGUUCUUGUACAGGCAGCUCGGAAUGGCAUCUAGGGCUGGUUGCAAGACCAUUGCUGGAUGCCUCACAUUGCUCCAGACAUGGAUCUAUGAGUACUUCCCCGCUUUCCGCCCUCAUCCUCGCCGAGAUGAUGUGCCAAACACGACUAGGGCGGAGAUGUGGACGCCGAAGAAAGUAGGUCGUGAGCUGGACAGGUUGAUAUCAUUCCGCAAGGUUCUGGACUCAAUGACAGAGACUCAGGUUGAAUGGACUCCCUACAAUUGUGGAGCUGCUGCGUUGCUGCAUGAGCACCCACGCACCACAGUCAUCGGGGGUAUCACCUGCUUUGAUGUUGUGGAGGUGUAUUUGCCGGAGCGGGCAUUGCGACAGAUUGGGUUCGUGCAGUCUAUUCCUCCAGCUCCUAUGAGACCAGCCAAGGCUCUUCGACCGGCACACGGAACCUACUCCGUGACCUUUCCUUCUUCUGCUGCUGCAUUUGUGGAGGCGUGGAGUAGGUUCCCCUACAGUGGCCGCCUUGUUGAGCAGGGACUUCGACGGGCUACUGUUCCUUCAGAGACUGAACCUAAUUACGUUGAAUGGUUCAGAGUUUGCUCGCACCCGUACAUAUCCCGAGACGAAUUGCUGGCUUCCGGUCCUGGUCCUGGUCAGAGCAGAUCUGAUUACUUCGCGAAAGAAUGGGCCAGUCGAUUCUCUCCAGUGGCAAGACUACCUACGCGGCUUGCGGAUUUGAACUCCCGUCAACGACAUGCGUUAGAAAUAUACCUUAAUGAUUGUAGAGAAUUAUAUGAUCAAUGGCAUACUGAAUAGUCUGUACUGAAACUAUUUUACAUUAUUUAUUGCAUUUAAUUUCGUCAAUGAUUGCAUUUAAUUUACAUAAAUAUACACACUAACCCACAUCACACAAAUACAUGUAUAUUUGUCUACCAGCAUUAUAAAUUCCUCCUAUUAAUCAAAGAAAUAAAUAAAUUGUUAACAGCACACACUGUAG